CCCAGAUGCAGAGUUGACAUUUGCUUGGUUCAAGGGGAUCAGCUGCUACGGGGCUUAAAUCGAGCUUAAUCUUGGAUCUUGUGUUGUUCUUUUUUCUCUUCUACAAAUCUCAGCCAUGGUUACGAUCGUCUAAGAUUUACAGAAUUCCCCUUUAAGCUGACCAUAUUUCUAGAGAUAGAAACACUCUACUCAUCAAUUUCGUUCCCGAUAUUAGUGGCAGAUCCGUUUCGCCAAAAAAUUCAUUCAUUCUACAAGAAAAACAAUCUAGAGAGAGAACUGUGUGUGAGAGAAGGGGAUUUGCAUUACAGAGAGCAUUGCCAUUGACAAGGGUAGAAAAUGGGGUGCUCUUUCUCGGGACUCAACGCCUUAUACGAUUCUACUGCUGGCGAUGUUUGGAUCAACGAAAAUCGCUUCAAAGUUAUCCGGCAGCUCGGUGAAGGUGGAUUUGCCUUUGUGUAUCUAGUUAAGGAAGUUGUUAAUGACACUUCCGAUGGUGGCGUCUCUAAGAAAUUCAAAGAUCCUUCUCACAUCUCUGAUGAUGGAACUUAUGCUAUGAAGAAAGUCCUGAUUCAGAAUAACGAGCAGUUGCAGUUCGUGAAAGAGGAGAUCCGUAUCUCGUCCUUGUUUAACCACCCAAAUCUGCUUCCCUUACUUGAUCACGCCAUUAUUUCAGUAAAGGGCACACCAGAACAGAAUUGGACACAUGAAGCGUAUCUGCUAUUUCCAGUCCAUAUGGAUGGAACAUUGCUGGACAAUGCAAAAACCAUGAAAUUCAAGAAGGAGUUCUUUUCCACCUCUGAUGUUCUCCAAAUUUUUCGUCAGCUUUGUGCAGGACUUGAGCAUAUGCAUAGUCUUGAAACUCCAUAUGCACAUAAUGAUGUGAAACCGGGAAAUGUCCUUCUAACACAUCGUAAAGGGAAGCCACCAUUGGCUGUUUUGAUGGAUUUUGGAAGUGCUCGUCCUGCUAUAAAGCAGAUCCGAUCUCGAUCAGAGGCCCUCCAGCUGCAGGAAUGGGCAGCUGAACAUGUUUCAGCUCCUUUUAGAUCUCCUGAAUUGUGGGAUUGCCCAAGUCAAGCUGACAUUGAUGAAAGGACUGAUGUAUGGUCUUUGGGUUGCACUCUGUAUGCUAUAAUGUAUGGUGUUUCUCCAUUUGAGUAUGCACUAGGGGAGUCAGGAGGAAGCUUGCAGUUGGCUGUGAUGAAUGCACAGAUCAAGUGGCCAACAACAACACUUAAUCCUAAACAAUCAUAUCCGGAUGCUCUUCAUCAAUUUGUGUCAUGGAUGCUGCAGCCUCAAGCCACAGUUCGACCUCGCAUAAAUGACAUUGUUAUUCAUGUUGAUAAGUUGAUUGCAAAAUUCUCCCAUUAAAUUAUAACUUAUACUACACUUUUCACUUCUAUAGUUACCAGUGUUGGGUUGGGUUUCUACUUUCUAGUUUAAUGUUUGCUACAUCUAAAUCUUGCUACCUGUGAAAGGGUGUUGGCUGUUGAUGAUGUAUCAUUUUGACUAGAUUUAUUUAUCUUCAGUUUUUGUAAUAUUUAUUGUAAAACAUAUUCAGGUGGUGUUGGACUGCUGGUGGCAACCUAUAAAUGUUGGAAAAAGUUAUGAAUGAUAAAAAUUAGAAAUUUUCUUACAAA